AUGCCGACUGAACUCGAAGAGCUGGUGGAAUUCCUGCACCAUGGCAACACCCAAAUCAGACAAAUCGCUUGCGAAAACCUCGUCGGCUUCUCCACGGCCCAGCCAGACUUGUUCAAGCGCCAUCAACUCCUACCCGUCCGCGAUUUGAAGCUUCUAGUCCGCGAUUACAUUCCAAUUGCGAAAAAUGCAUUGACCAUCCUGAUCAACUUGUCUAGUGAUGAAGAGAUAUUGAAACUUCUCGCCGAGGAUGAGUUUAUUGAGGACCUGCUUGCGAAAUUGACAAAUGUCAAGGAGCCCAACGCCGAUGAAGUGGCCAUGCUUUUGGCCAAUCUCGUUAAAUCCGAAAACCUAAAGAAGCUGUUAUCCCUCAAGCGCAAAGCCCCCGAAUCUGUAUCUACCUCCGGGAACGCGAUCGACCAGUUGAUGGACUGCUUUGUGAAGGGUGCCGAGGGUUCUCUCAACAAGCACGCCAAUUAUGAUUACCUGUCGUACGUGUUUGCUGACCUGUCCCAGACGGAAGAGGGCAGGGCAUAUUUCAUCAAACGCCAGGAGUACGAUGGGGUGGUCCCCAUCACCAAGCUCACAGUCUUCACGGAGCACAAAAGUGAUAUUCGGAGAAAGGGCAUCGCAUCCACGAUCAAGAACGUGGCCUUUGAAGUCGAUUCUCAUCCAAUGCUCUUUGCCGAGGAUGAGGUUAAUCUUUUGCCCUAUCUGUUGCUCCCGCUUGCAGGUCCAGAGGAGCUGUCGGAAGAGGAUACGGCAGACAUGCUGCCAGAUCUUCAGUUAUUGCCCCCCGAUAAGCAACGAGAUAGCGAUACCACCAUCAUCACGACCCAUCUCGAAACCUUGCUUCUCCUGACCACAACUCGGGACGGCCGGGAGAAGAUGCGAGCAGUUGGAGUUUACCCUUUGAUCCGUGAAACCCAUAUGCAUGUUGAAGAUGAGAAUGUGACAGAGGCUUGCGACCGGUUAGUGCAGGUCCUGAUGCGAGACGAGGAACCCGAAGAGGCCCAAGGGGAGCCCGAACAACCUCAAGUCGAGGCACCUAAAAACGAGGAUGAACAGGUUUAUUUCAUCAUUCCCCCCACCAUCACGUCGAGCAAUAUUCCACUGCGGACGCGGAAGCUGUCUUGCCCCUCGGUCCCGAGGCGCAAGUGGCUUCCCGCUGAAUCGGAUCGAACUGAUUCCAAUUUUGAUGAUUGUGCGAGCGACAAUGGAAACUACCCCGAAAUCGACAAUCUACCACCCGACGUGAACCCCGACACAGGGAUUGUUCAGCGCUUUCGGGCCUUCAUGUCGCGCGCCCCUCUUCUUCGCUCGACGCCCGUCCUGGGUGCUUCCUCUUACGGAUCAUUGCGAAGCCCAGACGAAUCGGAAGAGGAUAUAUCGAUUUCGCGUGGUCGGAACGUUCGCGGGGGAUUACAACGCGCGAGCUUCGAAAAUGGCAUUGGAAGUUCUUCCAACGUACCGGGGUCUACUCCGAGGCGAUCACAUUCCUCUGCCAGACAACGAAACAGCUUCUAUGCAGAGAGGGGCAAUCGUCGGCCUUCAUCCGCUGCGUCAGAUGUGGGAUUGGGCCCUGAUUCGAAAUACUCGUUUGCCACGGGAUUGGCCAUACCGGGCAACCCGGUGAGGCAGGAGACACCGGUGUCUUCGCCAUAUAUGACAAGUGAUGAUGAAAAUGUCCUCGACAUUGAUGAUGAUGAUUCAAAAUCCUCGGGUGAGGAUCCUCCAGACAAUUCGCCGUACGCCCAAGUACGAGCUUCAGUUCCAGCGACGGAUGAUAUCUCUCUUUCUAUUAACACACCACGGAUGUGGAUUCUCUCUUUGUUAUUCUCUUUGAGCGGGUCUGCCGCCAAUCUUUUCUUUUCCUUGCGCUAUCCCAGUGUUGCUAUUACCCCAAUCAUUGCCCUUGUUCUAGUCCACCCACUGGGCAAGUUUUGGGAUGUGAUUUUCAAACAAACAGGUGACCCUCUCGAGAUUUUUGAGAACGGAUCCCUUCACCACCGAGAAUCACCCUCCGGCGAGAUCGAGGCCCUUCCUGUUCCAUUGGCAUCUCGGGUCAGACUUUGGUUUGCCCAGGGCCGUUGGAACGAGAAGGAGCAUGCUUGUGUCUACAUUAGCAGCAAUGUUUCCUUUGGAUUUGCUUUUGCCACCGAUGUUAUUGUCGAGCAACAUAAAUUUUACAACCAAGAUGUUCCAAUUAUGUAUCAGCUGCUGCUCAUCAUAUCGACUCAGGUUUUGGGAUAUGCAUUCGCGGGUCUAACUCGACGAUUCCUCGUGCGGCCAUCGGCUAUGAUCUGGCCCGGAACCCUGAUGUCCACUGCAAUGUUCUCUACAAUGCACAAGUCUGUCAACAAAAAGGCAAAUGGAUGGAGUAUAUCCCGAUAUAAAUUCUUCGUCAUUGUGUGGGCAGGGGCGUUUCUCUGGUACUUUGUUCCUGGACUGUUAAUGCCUGCUUUAAGUUAUUUUAAUGUGAUCACUUGGUUGGCACCCAAAAACGUUGUGGUCUCCAAUUUGUUUGGUGUUGCUUCUGGUCUCGGGAUGUUCCCCAUGACCUUCGAUUGGGCUCAGAUUGCCUAUAUUGGCUCCCCAUUACUCACCCCUUGGUGGGCUGCAGCUAAUAUCGUGACGGGACUGGUGAUUGUCAUCUGGAUAGUCGCCCCAAUACUUUAUUACAAAAAUGUUCUUUUCUCCGCAUAUAUGCCCAUAGUUUCAACAGCAGUAUUCGACAAUACUGGGCGACCAUACAACGUGAGCCGAAUCUUGACCACGGAUUUUUUGUUCGAUGAAAAGGCCUAUCAGGAUUACUCAUCCGUUUAUCUCCCAAUCACCUAUGUGCUGUCCUACGGUGUUCAAUUUGCUGCUUUGACAUCUCUUGUCACUCACACCAUUUGCUGGUAUGGGAAGGACAUCUGGCAUCAGACCAGAAAGUCUUUUGAGGAAAGACGAGAAGUGCCAGCCAUGGAGACAUACCAGCCCCUGCGCGGAAGCAAUGAUACGAUUCGUCAGAGUUAUGAUAUCCCAAGGACUAGCUCUCAUGAACCGAGUCAGGAAGUUCCAUUGGGAGGGGAUGAUGUCCAUUGCCGCUUGAUGAGGCGCUACAAGGACGCUCCUCUCAUGUGGUAUCUUCUCGUGCUCAUUUCUAUGCUGGCCAUUGCCAUCUUCACAGUGGAAUACUCUGCACAAGGGAUCAAAUUUUCCUCGGACCUCAAACUUGGCCAUUACAUGAAAAUCCCACCACGAAUUCUGUUUAGCGUCCAGAUGAUGGCGACGUUGGUCUCGAGUCUAACCCAAAUUGGUGUGCUGAACUGGAUGUUCACUUUCGUCCCAGGACUUUGCACCCCGGAGGCCAUCAAUGGUUUCAAUUGUCCCAUUGCUCGAGUCCAUUUCAACGGCAGCAUUCUCUGGGGAGUCGUUGGACCCCAGCGGUUCUUUGGCCCAGGAGGGCUAUAUCGUCCGCUUGUCUGGGCCUUUUUAGUAGGAGCAGUCGCCCCUCUCGGAGCAUGGCUUCUAGGCAGACACAGCAAGAAGAGCUUCUGGCGUAAGGUCAACUUCCCUAUACUGUUUGGCAGUCUGAGCUGGAUCCCACCUGCAACUGGGCUCAACUUUUCCAUCUGGGCCCUUGUAUGUUUUGUGUUCAAUUAUGUGAUCCGGAGAAGGAAGACCGCAUGGUGGGAAAAAUAUGCAAUGACCUUGUCAGCCGCAUUGGAUUCUGGCUUGGCAUUUGCAGUGGUCGUUGUCUUCUUCGCCUUCAUUUACCCUGGCUGGGUCGAUAAUUUCAAAUGGUGGGGGACGGAGAUCUAUAAACAAGGCUGUGAUUGGAUUGCUUGUCCGUAUAAACCACUAGAACCAGGCCAACGAUUCGGACAGUAG